GUUUCUAAAUUUCACAACCAAACAAUAAACUGGCCACGCGUUAGCAAAACAACACAUUGGUCCAAACUAUAACUCCUUAAAAUGGCACCUGUCGAAAAAUUCCUUUAUUUCAUUGAUCUUCCGUCGGGCGUGUUAAUAACUGGAUUUGUGGACAUAAUCUUGAGCCUUCUUUGCGGAUGCUAUUUGCCAUGGAUGAGGCGCAAAAGGGGUGGUGAUUUUAAUUUGAUUACAGAAGCAGCGUCGAUAUCUUACUUAGAAUUUUAUACUGGUGCUGACUUCUACUAUAAUAGAUUUGGGUAUUCAAUGUAUAUCUUCUGUUUGGUGGUCCUAGUCCUCCACAUUGGCGCCUCUAUACUUAUUAUUGCUUCCGUAGUGUCGGGAGAAAAAAUAUUGGCUGCUCCCUAUAUAGCCACUGCCUUGAUGCGUUUCGUUGUCUUGCUGCUAAUUUUGAUAUGGAUAGUUACGAAGUCCUUUGAUGAUACCACCAGUUUCUGGUUGAUCGGUCUAAGUCUGUUUCCAGCCACUUACUUUUGGCUAACGGUGGCUUCGUGGUAUAACCCGAUGGAAGAAUAAGAUUUCCUUGUAUUAUAUUCCUCUGAAGUCAUUUUAAAACAAAAAUUUAAUUCAAGUUGCCUUGAAAUUCGCUGUCAGUUCAGUGUCGCUUCGAAAGUUCACCAGUUCGGCAUAUAAUAAAAAAGUAUACAAAAACUUAGUUAAAUAAAAUGGGGUUUCCUACUAUUAAGAAAUGCUGCUGCUGCGAGCUGAAAUGGGGAGCACUUAUUGCCGCCAUUGUGGAUUUGAUUUUGGCGGCUGCAGUCGCUUUCGACUCACAUCGUUUUGUUUGCACUGAUUUUAUUUGCACAAGUUUUGGGAGCGCUAUGGAAAUUGUUUGGAUUGUCAUCAUGAUUGUCCACAUCGCUCACAUUAUUGGCUGCAUUUUAGUAAUGGUUUCUAUUUGUAAGCCGGACAAGAACUUUGUUAUUUGUUACUUAAUAACUGGGCUGAUUCGCUUUAUUCUUGACAUAAUUGUAUUUAUAUAUUUUGUAAUCAAAACUGAAUUUGAAUAUGUUGUCACCAUAUGUAUUAUAUUAGCUGGAAUUGGUCUUGCGGUCUACUUUUGGAUUAUUAUCUACUCAUGGUACAAGAAGCUCGGAGGCUCUACUCCAGUUGAUUGAUAGCCCCAAAUUCUAAGCUCAAUUCAAAAUCAAACGGUCGUUAAUCUAGGUCUACAGACUUAAGCUAUUAUGAAGACUGGGAAUUUUAUACUGGUGCCGACUUCUACUAUAAUAGAUUUGGGUAUUCAAAGUACAUCUUCUGUUUGGUGGUUCUUGUCCUCCACAUUGGCGCCUCUAUACUCAUUAUUGCUUCCGUAGUGUCGGGAGAAAAAAUAUUGACUGUUCCCUUUGUAGCCACUGCCCUAAUGCGUUUCCUUGUCUUGCUCCUAAUUUUAAAUUGGAUUGUUACGAAGUCCUUUGAUGAUACCACCUUCUUCUGGUAGAUCGGUCUAAGUCUGUUUCCAGCCACUUACUUUUGGCUAACAGUGGCUUCUUGGUAUAACCCGAUGAAAAAAUAAAAUUUCCUUGUAUUAUAUGAAUCUUGUCAUUUCAAAAAAAUAUUUAAUUUAAGUUGCCUUGAAAUUUGCUGUCAGUUUAGUGUCGCUUCGAACGUUCACCAGUUCGGCAUAUAAUAAAAAAGUAUACAAAAACACA